AUGGUAGCUCGCAAGGGCGAUGGCGUGAGAGCGCGACCAGUGACGGAACAGAUCCUUCUCGAAGCUGCCAGAAUCUACGAUGCGCGAGAUGAGGGCAUGGCCAAAGAUCUCAAGUCCUAUGCAGCAUUCCUCUCGCGUCAGGAUGCUUUCACAAAGCAUCUUCCCAAGGACCUCCUUGAACGCGCCGUCAACAUGCGGCCUCCCAGAGACAGGAUCACCUGCCUGCUCAUCGGUAACCACUCCGCGGGAAAGUCCUCCUUCACCAACUGGUACAUCGGGGAGAAGAUCCAGAAGGAGAGUGUUGCGAUUGAAACCGCCGGCAUCACGAUGAUCAGGCGUGGAAAGCAGCGCACGACAUGGAGGGGGCCCCAGACCAUGAGCGCAUUUCCUCAUAUCCAAGGCCUGAAGAAGAUCGAGGGCGUGACAGAUUUCCUCACCACGGAGUUCUCGACUUCGGAGGAGAAGAACUUUCCUCUCGUGGAGUUCAUUGACACUCCUGGGCUCACAGACGGGACUCUCAAGUAUCCUUUCGAUGUUGAGUCGGUCAUCUACGAGUUGGCCGAGCAUGCGACUAUGAUCAUGGUCUUCCUCGAUCCGAUCGGCAAGGCUCUUGUCAGUCGAUGCAUGAAUGUGGUUGAGAAGCUGGCGGUCAACCAUUCGGCAAAGAUGUCGUAUUACCUAACCAAGUUCGACACUGCCGGGGAUGAGAUCGAUCGUACCAACGUCGUCUCACAGAUUGUUCAAGAGCUUCAAGGACGCGUUCGCGCAACCCACGCGCUGAAGCUGCAUACUAUGUUUUUGCCAGAUCGUGCUGACGAGCAGACGAACCAGAAGGUGCCGAACAAGAUCGGAGAGUUGUGUCAGAAUAUUCGCAUGGAGAUAGACAGCAGAGUUCAAGAUGUGCUUGACGAGCUUAGCAAGGACUGCGAGGCGCUGAGCAAGAUAGUCGAUGAGAAGAUCGAGCGCAACAAGAAGUGUGCCAGUCACAACGCGUUUGCAACCGUAUGGAAAGGGGUUUUGUCGUCUGCUUUCAUUGUGUUCCUUUCAAUUUUCGUCAUUUGGGCGCUUUUGAACUACGCGGACACCGAUGUGAUCGGAAUCUGCGAGCAGCAGGAAGUGAAGGAUCGGCCAGUCAACAAGAACGUAUAUUGCACGAUCUUGCGCUUCGCCGGAGGCGUACCAGCAGCGGUUCUCCUGAUCGUUGGGGUUGUGUGCACUGCUCUGUUGUGGUUGAAGAAGACAAAAGUUGUUGAGCAGCUAUCCAGCGAUGAGAUGAGACGUCUGAAGGAGAUUCAGGAUGACAUCCACAACAACAUCGAGAAGAGGCACAAGGAGCUCAAGAAACGCCUCACCGACGAUGCUCUGGAAGAUCAUCUGGCCUAA